AUUCUAACCACGUAGAUGUUUAUUUACAUUUUUUGCACAAGAAAUUCAAUAACAAUAAUUCAUUGUUUGUAGAUUAAUGAACUAAAUAAUAAAUAAUAAACUAAAACGGUAAACAAAACCUAAUUACCGGUCAAGUGGAUGAAUAAACUUUUAAAACUCAAAAUGGAUAUAAGCAAAAUUGCUAAAACUCAGCUGAAAAAUAUUGUUUCAGGGGAGACAGUACCUAUGGAAUCACUAUGGGCUGACAAAACUGCUGUUGUAAUAUUCUUUAGACGUUGGGGUUGCAUGUUUUGCAGAGUUUGGGCCAAAGAAAUAUCAGAAAUUUCUGAUGAAAUUACAGCAAGCGGAGCUAAACUGAUUGGAAUUGGUGUUGAUAAUGUUGGUGCAAAAGAAUUUGUUGAAGGCAAAUUCUUUAAAGGAGACCUGUAUAUCAGCGAAGAACAAAAAAUCUAUAAUGAUUUAGGAUUUAAAAGAUUCAAUUUGGUUUCUAUAUUUACCUCUUUGUUGUGGAAAGAAUCGAGAGAAGCAAUAAGCAAAGGCAGAGCACUUGGUGUUGGAGGUGACAUGAAAGGUGAUGGACUGCAAAAUGGAGGUGCUCUAGUUGUUCAAAAAGGUGGAAAAAUAUUAUUUGAAUUCAAACAAGAUGGACCAGCAGAACAGGUACCUAAUGCAAAGUUCUUAGAGAUAUUAAAAGAACAAAAUACCACAGCUAAUUAA